UUCCAUAAUAUCAUACCUCACCAUUCACCAAACGACCUCAAACCUUACUAUCACAUAAAAGGCUAAAAAAAAUUAAGGAAAUUAAGCAAUGGCAAGUGGUGCUAGUAUUCCCACAAUAGAUCUCUCCCCAUUCAUCACUCCCCCUGAAUUAGGAGGACAGAGCAAUGGACAUGUUAGUACCAAGAGUAGGAGCAUGAGCAGAAAGGUGGUGAAAGAAGAAAUAAGCAAAGCAUGUAGCGAAUAUGGUUUUUUUCAGAUAGUAAACCAUGGUAUACCGGUGGAGCUCAUGAACACCUCACUUGAACUUGCCAAGACGUUUUUCGAGUACCCGGAAGAAGAGAAGAUCAAGUGCGUAGCUGGUCCAGGAGUCCCCAAGCCGGCCGGGUUUAGUAAGCAACCUGAGCACUCGCCUGAUAAGAACGAGUAUUUGUCCAUUUUUGAAGCUGGUUCUCCUCAUAACGUGCUCCCUCAAAAUCCACCUCAAUUCAAGGGAGUGUUAGAGGAUAUAUUUGCUCGAUACAGCAACCUAGCUUUCCUUGUACAGAAUAUUAUAAAUGACUGUUUGGAAUUGCCCCCAGACUUCCUCAAAGAUUAUAACAACAUUAGGACCUCUGAUUUUUUGGUGUCACUGUACUACUUACCAGCUUCUGAUAUCGGAAACUCUGGGAAAUCAGAACACGAGGAUGGAAAUGUAGUGACCUUUGUGUUACAGGAUGAUAUCGGAGGUCUAGAAGUACUCCAUAAUGGUGAAUGGAUUCCGAUACCUCCAGCCCCAGGCACAUUAGUAGUCAAUGUAGGUGAUGUGAUCCAGGUAUUGAGCAACAACAAAUUCAAGAGUGCGACACAUAGGGUGGUGAGACCGAAAGAAACAACAAGAAAUUCUUAUGCAUUCUUUUACAAUUUGGACGGAGACAAGUGGGUGGAGCCAUUACCACAAUUCACAACACAGAUUGGUGAGCCACCACAAUACAGAGGAUUCUAUUACAAAGAUUAUGUCAAGGCCAGGGUUAUGGACAGAAUAAACCCCCCUGCUAGACUGGAAGAUCGUUUCUGCAUUAAGCAUUAUGCAAUUACAAAUUCCGGGGGUGCUUAGUAAUUUAUGGGAACAGGAGUGCUCAAGUAAAGCUAUUGUAGUCCAUUAUAACGGUCAGUUUUAUGUCAAAGAUUUUAUAAUCAUAUCUGUAAUAUUUUUUUAUUGCAGAAACUCCGGGAUACGCAUAUAAGCCCGUUUGAGUCGGUAUAAAUUAUGACUUAUAUGUUGGAUAAUAUAUUUUAGUUGACCUAUGACUUAAUAAAAAUAUUAUAGUGAAUUUUUUUUGAUA